AUAUUUGCAUGAAGUUAAGUUGAGAGAGCUCAACAAUACUGUUAAAGGCUAAAGUGCCUUUUUGCCUCCCACCAUGGGUGACAUUAAACUCUGUCUGUUACUACUGGUGAGCAGUUACUCCUGGGCUCAACAAAAUGACAAUGUUGAUGACCAGACACCGACAUGCCUGUUGGCAACAAGGUUUAGGACCUUCAAGAAAUAUGUCUACCAGUAUACAACAGAAAGUCGAAAUGGGGUGACCGGCACAGCCAACCUCAGAAAUGGUCCCAAAGUCACUUGUCAGGUGGAGAUUGAAGUCCCACAGACAUGCAGCUUCCUCAUGCACACCAGGGACUGUGUUCUCAGCGAGGUGUCAGUCAUAGACCCUCAGGGUCAGCCAGUCUACCGACAGGCCACUGGGGCAGAGGCCUUUCAGGCUGCUAUGGAAAUGAACUCUUUAAAAUUCACGGUGAAAGAGGCCACUGAUGUGAAGCUCUUCCCGCAACCAGAUGAGCCUGUAAACAUUGUGAACAUCAAGAGGGGUAUAAUUUCUGCCCUCAUGGUCCCAGUUCAAGAGGAAGAGCACUACUCAUACAUGAACACAGUGCACGGCCUUUGCAAGAGUAAAUUAACGGUCAAUGCUAGAAAGGACAUUGUCACAGAUGUGACCGUGUUGAGAGAUCUUUCAGAGUGUGACCACUUCUACAGCAGGAGGUUGCCACACAGUCCACUUGCACUUCUCCAAGGCUGGAAUGUGCCAAUGUCUAGGCUCAUCACUAGUUCGCAAGAUUGCAACUAUCAGUUUGAUAACAGGAGAAAGCACAUGACUACUGCUAAAUGCACGGAAAAACACCUUUACCUUCCCUUCUCACAUGAGAAUAAUGGCAUUUCCACUGUGGUCACACAGACUCUGACCUUGCAAGACUCAGCAAAGAUCAACAACAAAUAUUUUGAGGUUGACCCCCGUCACAGUAAACCUCUCUACAUGGAGCAACCAGAAGACAAGGCCCCUGUUCAGACCAAAGAUGCUACAAUCAGCACUCUGCAAGAUCUGAAAGGUCUCUCCAACACUGACCAGGGCCAGAGGAGGGCCAGCCUGUUCCACAAGCUGGUCUCAGGUCUUCGCACCCUGAGGAACGAGACCCUUAGCCAGACUGUGGACGACAUGAUGGAGUUGUCUGGCAUGCUCAGCUGGCAGGCUCUGGCUCAGUGUGGAACGCCUGAAUGUACCAGCGCCAUCCUCCAAGUCAUCAGACCCAAGGAUGGUGCGGCUCUGGAGCGGGAUGCGUUUGUCUAUGCCCUUGGUCUCCAGUCCCACCCAGACUCCCACCGUGUCAGGGACAUGCUCAGUAUGGCAGAGUACAAGCAAAGCAAGGCCAUCAUGUAUGCUCUUGCAAGCACCGUCAGGAGGUUUCAUGAUGGACAGGUCACUCCAGAGGUCACUGAGGUGGCCAUGUUCAUGAAAUACAUGCUAGGAGACUGCUUGGAGGAUCAAGAUGUGACGUUCCUGACACUAAGGGUUAUUGGUGUUAUGGGUAAAGCCAUGCAGGAUGUCGACCCAUCAAUAAAAUCACCACUCCUCAUGUGCAUGCGGCAGUCAGCUGCUUCUCUCUCUGUCCAAAAGGCAGCAAUUCAGGCUUUCAGACUGAUGAGCAUUGAUGAAGAUGUUAAAAUUGCACUCUUGGAGAUAUACCAGGAUACAGGGAGCUCAGUGCAGAAACGUGUGGCAGCUUACCUGAUGCUGAUGAAGAGUCCAGACCAAGCACUUGUUACAGAGGUGGUCAAUACACUGAAACUUGAGCAGGAGCCACACCUCAGGAACUUUGUGGCUUCCCACCUAGACAACAUCUUUCGCUCUGAGGAUCCCAACAUUCUGGAUACGAGACAGUACAUUAUAGAAGCUUUACAAAACCAUGUAUCACCAGCCAGCAUGGGCUUCUUCACUGGGUCCAGCAACUACAGGAUGGACAACCCCCUAGUGUCCACACAGGGAAACAUCGUCUUCGAUUCCAAUGAGUCUAUGCCAAAAGAAAUCAUGCUGAAGACCACUCUGAAAGCAUUUGGGUUCAAUGUAGACAUUUUGGAGGUUGGUAUUGAAGGAAAUGGAUUUGAACCAAGUCUUGAAGCCCUGUUUGGGAAAAGAGGUUUCUUUCCUGAUUCUGCUUCCAAGGCCAUUUACUGGACCAAUGAAAACAUUCCAGGCUCACUAAAAGAGGUUUUGGAAAAUUGGAUUGCUCCAACGCAGAGUGAGAGAAUGAAAAGACAGGCUCCACAAGACCUUUUCAAUUACCUUGGUGAAAACUUCCAGAAGCUUGUUGUGGACUUGAGCUCUAAAAAUUCCCCGGAAGCUAUGGCCUACCUAAGGUUUCUGGGAAAUGAAUUAGGAUAUAUCAAGUCCAGCGAGAUGCAGGAAAUGGCCCAUUCUCUUUCCACGUACUACAAUGCUUUCUUCAGAGUCCUGCCAACCAAGGCCAUGGCCGCACUUCUGUCUAGCACUGACAGUGAGCUGUAUGCUCAAUACAUCUUCUUGGAAAAUGCCUUUUCCCUGCCGUCGGCAUCUGGCCUUCCUCUGAAAUUUUCCUUGACUGGUGUUUUUGCUGCCGGCGCCAAAGGAGGCUUCAGCUUCUCCCCUGGCAUGCAACUGUCUUUCAUGCCAUCUGUUGGUGUGGAAUUCAUUACACAAAUGGGUAUACACGUUCCUGAAUUUGUGGUAUCUGGGGUUGAGAUGCACACCAAUGUGUAUCACGAGAGUGCUGUGAAUUCCAAGAUCACUGUAAGCAGCAACCAGAUCAAGCUGUCCAUCCCCGUCCCCAAAGGACACACACAGCUCCUCAGUGUAAGCAACCAACUGCUAUCAGUCGCCAGCCAGACCAAAAUAGUACCAUCUAUGGUGGAAGACAGAACAGAUUCCUCUGAAUGUCAUCCACUCUUUACCGGUUUGAAAUACUGCACAAUACUGCGAUACUCCAAUGCCAGCUCAACCAAUGAUGCUCCUUACUACCCUCUGACAGGAGAGACCAAGUUUGCAGUUGAGAUCCAACCCACAGGCGAGGUUUCAGAAUAUUCCGCUGUCAUUACCUCUGAAACUCUAAGAGACGAGGAAGGACGUCGGGAAAUGGAAACUCUGAAGCUGACCUUGAAGGCUGAAGGGGCUGAACCCACAGAGGCAAGUGCAACACUGAAGUACAACAGAAACACUUUUGACACCGCAAUUAAUAUCCCUGAUUUUGACUUGGAGGCCGGGAUUAAGCUUGCGGUCACAGACAGUAUGGUCAAAGGAACGAAGAUGCGUGGCAUCACAGUAGAUGUCACUAACAAGAAUAUUCCACAGUUCACCCUGAUUGGACGUGUCAGACUAGAGACAAUGGAUGAUGGCAUGUUGCAAAUCCAAAUGGCUAUCCCCAGUCUGAGUACGGAAGCCUCUGCUACAGCAGUCCUGAAGAACUCUGAAGGUCUUGUGAUGCAAUUUAGCACGGCCAUCAAUAUGCCACAGUCCACUUCCCUGCAAAACGUCAUAGUCAGAUAUGAUAACAAUAAGUUUGAGGUUGAGAUGACGUCUGAUAUCAAAUCUGAUAUCCAAAAACUCAUCCCAAACACUGACAACUACCAGAGGCAGCUGCAAGAGCUCAUAGACAACAUCCUAGACCAGAAGGUGGCAAAGACAGAUAUGAAAUUGCGUCAUAUCGUUUCUAAAGGCAUUGAGGCAGGCAAGAUUUGGCUAGAUAAAUUUGGUGUCCCAUAUGUUGACAUUCUCCGAAACAAGAGGGACAUUGCUGAGUUCACUCUACCAAAGCUGCCUGAGAUGUUGUUUCUGCAAUGUGACAGCUUUUUCAGGUACCAGUUUAAUCAGAACACAAUGACCAUCUCACUUCCAGUCCCACUCGGAGGGAGUUCUUCCGAAGAUCUGAACAUUCCCACUACUUUGUCCAUUCCACUCAUGCGUGUACCUUUAAUAGGCAUUGAAAUACCUGCCAAUGACUACCCAGUUCCAUCGUUCACCAUACCACACACCUUUGAUUUUAAACUACCUCUCAUUGGCCUUGCUGAGGUAUCGACCAAGAUUAACAGUAACUUCUACAACUGGGAGGGUUCCAUCUCUGGAGGCAACAACACCAAAGAUAUUCCCAACUACAUUGCUCAGUACACAGUCAUGGCUCAAUCUCCCGUCAACCCACUCUGUUACAAGCUUGAAGGAACAGGAAUGAUCUCUGGGAGAGUUGAAGAUAAUCUGAAAUAUCUUGUGAAUGGCUCCUUCAGCCACAGCCUGUUUGAUGCCAGCUUUAGUGUCCUUGAAACCUUAAGUGUGAUGGAUAAUGUGAAGGCAAGGGCCAACUACAAAAUGGAAGCCUCAAGUCCUUUAGGUCUACACACUUCUCUGUACUAUUCUGCUAAGUCAGCUUCUACUGCGGAGGAAGUCACAGGAGAUGGUACUCUGGAUGGAAGCAUUUGCGUGGGCUCAUUUUAUACCAACUCAACCUACAGUCAUAAUUAUGUGGUUCGUCCCCUUGAAAGAGAAGGAAGAGGAGAGUCAAACCUGCGUGUGUACUCACCAUUGAUCCAGGCUCACAACAUAAUCCAAGGAGUGUACUCAAAUUCAGAGUUGUCCGUAUUAUCUAAAACAAAUGUGCAGAAUGAUGCUUUAAAGCAUGUGGCAGAGCUAAAAUACAAAAAUGCACAACUAACCCUUAAAUGUGAUGCUGCUUCAACUGCCUUCGACAAAGCAUUUCGUCACAAAGUUGAGCUUGGUCUGUCCAGUGAAGUAGCCAUUUUAAGAGUUGAGUCACAAGCUGAUGAUGCAACAAAUCGUGCUUACUCUCUUAUUACUGGAACACUGAAUUACAAUGGGCUUGAAGUAAAUUCUGAAGGCUCCCUUACCUUCACAGGUGGCCGUGGAUUGCACAAGGCCUCUGCAACAGCUAACAGAAAUGGCAUGGUCACCAGUAGUACCACCAGCUUGCAGUGCAGUCCCGUAACAUUUGAGAGCAUCUUUAAUGGGGUCUUGGAUAGCAACGGAGUCUCACUGUCAUUCUCGUCUAAAGGAAUGGCUGUGGAAAGCAGAGGAGAGUUCACCAUAGAGGGUUCUGUUUCAACUGCUGCCGCUUCCUUAAACAGCGUCUUGAAAGGCAAUGCUGCUGAUGCAAGCCUACGAAACACUGUGGAUUUUAAGCUGGACAGGCAUGCUUUGAAGUUCUCUAACAAUAUGAUGGGAUCUUUGAAGACAAUAAAAACUGAGAACAUCCACACUUUGACUCUUACCCUUUGGACCCUAGCUCUCCGCUCAAAGGUGGACAAUUAUAUUUGUGAGGAUGUUGCCUACAAACAUAAUAUCAUGCUUGACAUUAAGCCUUUUGUCACCUCCAUGAACAUGAAAAAUCAUCUCAAGCUGUUUGAUGUCACUCUAAACAAUGAGGGCCAAGUCAAAGUUGAGCCGUACAAGACGGACCUGUCAGGAAGUUUCAGAGGAGCUUACGGAGAGGACCAGGAGCUCAGACACACUUAUGAAAUCCACUAUGCAGACCUCACUGGCACACUAAAGUGCAGCACAACUGGAAAUCUAAUGGAUGCACAAUAUCAUCAGAACUGUGAACUUGAGUUUGCAGGACUUGCGUCUAAGUCUAACUGUGAGGCACGCAUUGAUUCAAAAUCCCUUCGUUUUGACAGCACUAUUCGCACCUUGGCAGUGCCAUUCAGCCUGACCAUUGAUGCCAUCAUCAACAGUGACAGUGAGAUGAAUCUUUAUGGGCAGCACACUGGGCAGCUCUAUAGCAAGUUGCUUGUUAAAGCAGAGCCCCUGGCGCUAGCAUACUCACAUAAUUGCAGGGCCUCAACCUCACACCUACUGGAAGGAAGUAAAUAUGAUACACACCUGGAUAACAAGUGUGAUAGUUUUGUUACACCCAGUGAACAAUCAUUGACCUGGAAGACUAAAUCCAAGCUUAACAACCAUGCUUACAACCAAGACAUUAACACUUACAACAAUCCUGAGAAACUUGGUCUAGAAUUUUCUGGGUUAAUGUCCACAGACUUUUUCAGCAAAACCAGAGAAGGUAGAGAUAGAAGGUCUGAGAAAGAUAAUGCAGAAUUCAGUGUAUCUGGCUUCUUGAAGUAUGAUAAGAACAGUGACUCACAUAUAAUUGAGCUUCCUUUUCUUGAAAGCCUUCCUGUUGCAUUUGAUCAGUUUAAAAUAACCAUUGUAAAUGCCUUGGAAUCCAUGAACCAAUAUAUUAAAAGUUUAAACAUUGACCAAUUAAUACGUGAAUUUAGGUCCAAUUUAAACCAAUUGCCUCACCAAGUAAGUGACUUCAUGGAAGAGAUAGACUUGGAGAGCAAGGUAAAAGAGAUCAAAAAUACACUUAAUUAUCUGACACAAGAGUAUGCCUUAACACUGGAUGAUUUAGAGAACUCAGUGGAAAAUCUAAGGAUAAACCUUGAACAAACUUUGAUAAAUGUUGCAACCCAAAUAACCAAUAUAAUAGCUUCUGUUAAGGAAUACAUUGACAAUGGUGAUUUAUCUACCACUCUUUCAAAUGUCCUCUCUCAGAUUGGAGAUGAACUUAGGUCCUUUGAUGACAGGUAUGAGUUCAGACAGACUAUUGUCAGAGCAAUUGAUGCAGCUGAAGAUAUAAUCAGACAAAUGGAUGUCAGCAAGCUCCAAGAUAGCAGUGUAGCCUGGUUUCAGGAUCUUGAUGCUAAAUAUAGAAUUUUAGCCAAGCUUCAAGAGAAACUGGCCGGAUUAAAACAAGUUAUUGACACCUUUGAUGUCACCAUGUUUUUACAGGACCUGAAGGAUUAUAUUCUCUCAAUACAUUUUUCUAAAUAUAUUGAGCAUCUUAACUUUCAAAUUUCAUCUGAGGAGAUGACUGGAGUUCUAGAGUCCGCUAAAGAUGUAAUUGUCAACUGGAUUGAAGAAUAUGCAAUAGAGCAAAAAAUCAAUGCUGUUUAUUUUUAUGUCAGAGAUCUAUUUCUUAGGUAUGAUGUUGAUGAGAAAAUAGGGGCACUCUUGCAACAAGUUGUAGUGCUUAUUCAAGAAUUCAGAAUUGAACAGACAUUGCAAACACUGGUUGAUAAUUUUAAAACUAUCUACUUAGAAGCUUUCUAUGACAAGUUUAUGGAGUUCUUGGAUAGUUUCAUACAACAAUUGAACGCAAUUGACUUCAAGCAAAGCAUCGAUGGGCUAAAUGAACACACAUCCUUACUAAUUAAGGCCAUUAAAUCAUUUGACUACAAUGUGUUUGUUGAUGAUGCAAACCAGAAAAUAAUUGACAUAACAAACUAUGUAAAUGAGCAGAUCAAAGAGUAUGAAAUUGCACAAAAGAUAGAGGCAUCCAGAGAGUUUGUCAGAGAGAUCCAGGGAUCUAUUGUCAAUUACUUGGAACAACUGAAAAAUACUAAAAUAGCAGAAAUUGUCAAAAUGAUGAUGGAUUUAAUUGACACAACAGCCUACAAUGAUAUAAAGAUGAAGGCAGAAGAAAUCCUUGAAGAUAUGAGGCAGAGAGUCAUUGACAUGGACAUCCGAGAGGAAAUGUAUAUCUAUCUUGGAAGGGCAAGUGAAUCCUACAGCAAUAUGAUUGCUUACAUUUCUGUCCAGUUUAACAAAGUAAUUGAACAGAUCCGGAAUCUGUCCAAAGACCAAGAGAUUGUGAACCAGAUCAGUCAGGCAGUUGAUGGUGUCCUCAAUGCACUAAAGUCAGCAAAGAUUGAGAUUCCAUCUUUUGUUAUUCCCAUUACUGACCUUGUCAUACCCACCUUCGAAAUUAACCUGAAUAAACUGCAGGAUAUUAAUAUCUCUGCUGACAUUUCAAUCCCUGAGUUCACAAUUGUUGGUACUUACACUGUCCCAGCCUUUACCAUAGAUUUGUAUGAAAUCAAAGCAAAGAUAAUUGCACUAAUUGAUCGCAUUCGAGAAAUUGAUAUCUCAAUCCCAGAACCUGAUCAAAUAUUUGGAGACUUAAAAGCAUUGUAUAUUCCUAGCUUCCCAGACUUAACGUUCCCAAAAAUCACUUUAUCAGAGAUAAGGUUUCCAGCAAUAAAUAUUCCUAAAUUGAAUCUUGAAAACUUUGAAAUCACAAUGCUUCCAAUUUCAGAAAUCAAGUUGCCAGAGGUCCCUAAUGAAGUUCAAUUACCAGCUUUCGGCAAGCUCUCUGGUGAACUAAGAAUAAACAUUCCUCAUUACACUCUUGUGACAGCAGUAGCUAUAGAGAACUCAACACUUACACCAAAAACCCCACAGUUUACAGCUACCCUCACCUCUCAGGCCAAAUCAACCAUUGAGUUCCUUGACUACUCUUUGGAUGCGACUGCUCGUCUUGAAGCUCCAAGGAUGAAAAAAUUGGUGUUCAUGGAAAGUGUUAAAGCUACACAUAUGACCUUCACUGUUGAUCAUGAGGGAUCAUUAACUCUCAGUGGUCCAUCAGCGGAGGCAUCAGCAAAGACCACUGCUAAAGCCACUACGAAUAUGUAUGCAGCAGAUGCAGUCACUAACUUUGGAUUUUCCUUGAAGAGUGGAAUAUCUGCAUCCAUGGACACUACCUAUAACCACAAUUUGAAUAUCCCAACUAAUGACAUCUCAAGCCAAGUCACCAUGACUCAAACUGCAGCUGCCAGUCUCGAGUCAGGAACUAUUUCUGUGACUGUUGGAAACAUAGGAAGUGGGAAGUGGUCCUUUCAGGAUUACUCUGAUGAGGGCACGCACAAAAGUGAUAUUGAAUUCAAUAUAAAUUUUGGCACUGCAAAGUUCGUUUUUGGUGGAGAAACUAACAGCAAGGCUGUUAACAUGAAGCAAACUGUGACUGCAGAAUCUGUCAUCUUCAGCCAUAUUACUGUUGAAGGAAGAGCUGAUACAGAGCUUCCUUUUAUCAAAAGCAGCAUCAUGAUUUUAAAUGGAGAGGCUCAUGUAGGGGAUUUGAAAAUUGCACUGACUGCCUCCCACAAUGCAGAGGUCAUUGGAAGAAUAAGUGGAAAUCUUUCCAACUCUUUGGAACUUUUGGUGAAGCCUUUUGAGAUUGUCCUGGAUUAUAGAAACAAAGUACAUUCAAAGACCAUUUUCCCCUUGAAACUUACUGGAAAGGUUGAUCUCCAACAGGAUUAUGGGGUCAUUCUUAAUUCUGAGGUGCAGCGUGUCUGCUGGGCUGGUCUUGCUCGAUUUAAUCAAUAUAAGUACAAUCACAACUUCAGCCUGGGCAACAAUCCUGAAGACAUAACCAUCCAUGCAACAAUGAGUGGGGAAGCAAAUUUGGAGUUUUUGACUGUUCCCCUCACCAUUCCAGAGAUGACAAUGCCUUAUCUUGAAAUACAAACACCUGCAAUUAAAGAUAUGUCUCUUUGGGAACAUGCUGGUCUGAAGAUUCUGCUAACCACUCCACGGCAGUCAUUUGACAUGAACCUCAAGGUUCAGUAUCAGAAGAAUCCAGACAUGCAUGCUAUUUAUUUUGAUCUGGAACCUAUCUACAAUGCAAUUCAUGGAAAUGCAGAUGUUCUUCGGGCACACUUUGAAUUAGGUCGAGAUACAUUGGUAGACCUUCUUACAAAUUCUUACAACAAAGCCAAGAAACAGUUAGAUAAAUACAAGAUUUUCACCGCCAAGAAUCCUCCUAGAAUAUUCACUGUCCCUGGUUACAAAAUCCCCAUGCUGAAUAUUGAGGUAUCUGCUUUCAGGGCAGAGUUACCUGCAUUUAGCUUUGUCAUCCCCAAGGAGGUUAGUACCCCAAGCUUUAAGGUUCCAACAAUGGGAUUUUCUGUGCCAUCCUAUACUUUAGUGUUGCCAUCUCUGGAGCUGCCUGUCCUUCACGUUCCUGAGACACUGAGUGAGUUGACUCUUCCCACUUUCACACUACCUGCCAUUAAAAACAAUAUCAUGCUUCCAGCCAUGGGCAACAUUACUUAUGAUUUCUCAUUCAAAUCAACUGUGAUCACCAUGACCACUAAUGCAGGCCUUUACAAUCAGUCUGACAUGGUGGCCAAAUUUGGAGCAACCUCAACAUCUGUAUUUGACAUUUUGAAUGGGAAGAUUAGUGGAACCACCAGUCUGACAAAAAAGAGGGGUAUAAAACUGGCUACUGCUGUGACCCUGGAGCACAAGAACAUGGAGGGAAGCCAUGACUGCUCUAUCAGCCUCUCAAGGCGGGGCAUUGAAGCUUCAAUGGCAAAUGUUGCAAAAGUUAAUUUGCCAUACAUUACUAUGGAAUUAAAUCAGGAACUAUUUGGGAACACCAAGGCCAAACCUAAUGCAGCCUCCAAGAUUAGACUGGAAUACACGUUUAACAUUCCACUAAUCGAGGCUGUAGGCAAGGGGAUUAUUGAUCAUAACUUGGCAUUGGAGGGAUUGUCAUCUUACUUCUCAUUGGAAACCACCACCAAAGGAAUGAUUAAUAUAACAGUGAUGAAUAGUUGCAAUGUUGCUGGACGAAUAGACAAUGACGGUAACUUGUACCUCAAUACAAAUGGCCUGCGAACAACAGUGAAGACGGAUUUAAGGUCAAACAUUGAUCACAAAACUGAAAACAUUUUGUCUUUGGAUGUAAAUGAAAAUCUCGCUCUUGAGGCAUCUCUACGACGUGUGUAUGCAACAUACAAUUACACCAGCAAUAACAAUGCAAACAUUGGACCUUUCAGCUCAAAAGGAAAGCACUUUGCUAAAGCAACCCUAGAUUUUGUACCGUUAACUACCUUAACAGCACAAGUGGAAAUAGACUUCACCCAGCCAUGCAGUUCUGGGGAUGCUGUAAUCAUUCAACACAUUGACCUUUCCAUCACCUCAGACAAGCAAACGUUCAGCUGGAGCAGCAAGGAACAGAUCAUUUCAGUGAUUCAUGCUUGUGAGUUACAGCUGACAAAUGACGAGGCUGAGGUGCGUCUGGAAGCAACUGGCUCUUUGGAAGCGCACUUGGCUUUUCUUAAGUCUAUUAAGCUCCCUGUCUACCAGAAGACGGUCUGGGACAUACUCAGGUUUGAUCAGGCUACCAGCAUAGAUAAACUGCAGUUCCUUAAUGUGUCAUCAUCUGUAGUUUAUGCAAAGAACAUGGAUGGAAUAACGUUUGCCUUACCAGCAAAAUUAUUUGAAGAUGGAGUCAUCUUUAGUAUUUCAGAAUAUACAUUUUCUGUUCCUACUUGGAUUAAAGAAAUACCACAGAUCAUUAGGAAGAUUGACAUGCGAUUUGAAAAUGUUAAUUUGCCUGAUCAAGUCCCUGUACCACCAGUCAUCUCUUUUCCACCUUUUGAUGUACCCUUCACUACUCUCCAUGUGGCAGCCUUUACAAUUGAUUUGAAGAAUUUAGAAAUACCUAAAGUAAUAACCACCAAAGCCUUUGACAUCAUGCUCCCUUAUCUGCUAAAAAUGGAGGUCCCCAGUUUUGAUAUUAACACAGAGUAUCUUCAAAACAAAAUGUCUUUUCUGUCAGUGAAGAUACCACAGUAUGACAUUACCAUCUCCUCUCUCACCUUUCCUAAAUCCUUGACCAUUGGGGAGCGUACAAUCCACCUGGAUGAUAUAACAAAUUACAUUUCCAACUUUGAAAUACCAACUGUUACCAUCCCUGAGCAAAACAUGGAAAUCCCUGAAAUCACUCUAAACCUGCCUGUGAGUGUUUUUAUCCCAGCCUUUGGCACACUCUCCACUACUGUUAAGGUUUCCUCCCCAAUUUACAAUAUUACAUCAACUGCAAAGCUGGAAAAGAAGGAUUCCAGCCUCGUCACCUCACUUAAGUCCACCUGCACCUCCACUAUGAUUUUUGCGGAGUACGAUCUGGAUGCCACAACAACCCUUGAGUUUGAGAAUGGAUUGAUCAGUCUAAACGGAACGUGCAACUUGAUUCACAGUGAUGUAAACGUUGACUGGCAGCAUGUUUUUGCACAAAACUUUAGGAUGAAACGUCAAACUUCUCCUGAUGUUGUUGUCUCCCGUCAUACUCUGAAAAUAGACCUUACUAGUCCCACCUUUGUUGAUGUCAUCUUCCGCUAUGCAUCUCACAAGGACGGCAUCACUGCCUCCGUGUCUUCACCAUCAUCUGGUUUCCUUGGAUUCCUUUUUCAGCGGAGAUCACCAUCACAGGUGUAUGGAAAAAUAUUCAGCCGUUAUCUGUCUACACCUGACAAGGAUACUGAUAUUCUUAGUGUCAAAGCCACUCUAAGAAACUCUGAGAAGUUGAGCCUUCAGACCGCUUGGAACCUGGAUGGCCUACAUCAAAUGAUUGAAGGGUCUAAAGAGAGGAUUCCUGCCGUGACUGAGGCACUGCUCAAAUUCAUGAACAAGUAUCACACAGCUCACUUUAGUUAUGAUGUCAGCCGAGCAUUCAUGAAGCUGAAGAACUCCAUCUCUAAUGUCAUAGAGAGAGCUUAUCAUGAAGUCCCAAUGACUUUUGAUACAGUAAAGAUUUCAAUACAACAGUUCAGUGAUCUAUUCAGUGACCAGAGUAGAGAUAUGUACAUGAAGAUUCUUGACAACAUACCCACUGUAAAAAUAGAAGAUUUUAAAGACUAUUUUCUCAUGAGAGCUAAGCAAGUUCUACAACACUGUGAGCAGAGCAUCAAAAUUCUGUUAGAUGCCGUGAGUAAGUUUCUGAGUGAAACUAAAUUCAGUCUUUAUGGAUUUAAUGAGAAAAUUUCUGGACAGGAAAUCUACCAGAGUGUCAGUCAAUCUUUAUCUACAGCCACUGACAGGGCUGGCCAAAGGUUAUCAAACCUCAUGGAGGCGGUAACUGAAACCACUAAAAGUGGAAUUGGAGAUACUGAGUUUACAGUCCCCGGCUUAAAUGUAUUUGUUAGUGGAAAGUUGAUACUGGAAAAAGUUAGCUAUACAAUAGGUGCCAUUCAGGAUCUCAGGGACAACAUGUCCUUAGAGAGGCUCUUCCAGAAAGUAACUGAUUUCUUACAGCUAUGCAUUCAAAAGACAGAGGAGGUUAUUGCCUCUUUCAGGGCUGAAAAUCGUGAGUUUGUGUCUCACAUCGACAGCAUCUCUGCAGAAAUUCACAACACUCUGCACUCUACAGAGUAUCAACUGGAAAAAGCUAGGAAAAGUGCAGCCGAGUAUAAAGAUCUUGCCAAACUGAAAGUACAGGAAGUCUAUAAUGGCAUGACAUUGGACCGUGUCAAUAAUGACCUUAAUUACUUCAUUGGUGUCUUCCAAUCUCAGUUCUUUGGGAUGAUCCAUGGAAUGAUUGACCUAACAAGGCAGGCAACACAGAACACAGCUCCGUAUGUCAGAGUGAGCAGCAAAAAGAUGGACAUUGAUGUUCCUCUUCCCUUCUUUUGGAAAUCUUUCAGUGAAUGGCCAGCACAGAUAAGGCAGUGAGAAAGGAAAGUACCUCCACUUCAUUGGAAAUGGCUGUGAACAUUGUUAUUAGGAAAUUAAUUUGAAUAUAUUUAAAGUUGUUACUCACCCUCAAGAUUUUGUUUUGUUGUUACAGUUUUACAUCUCUGUUUAACUGCAAAAAGCAAUAUACUCUGCAAAACUGAGUUCUGAAUAAAAUACGUCAGUGCAAGCAUUUCCCUAUUAACUGAAAAUGUUCUUAAAAGUAUGAUUGACAGUAGAAUACUUUGGUUACCUUGAGAUAGAAGA